AUGACCCAGUCGUGCUGCUCCCCUUGCUGCCAGCCUACGUGCUGCUGCAGGACCACCUGCUGCCGGACCACCUGCUGCCAGCCCACAUGCUGCGGGUCUAGCGGCUGUGGGUCCAGCUGCUGCCAGCCCACAUGCUGCGGGUCUAGCAGCUGUGGGUCCAGCUGCUGCCAGCCUUGCUGCCGCCCAACUUGCUGUCAGACCACCUGCUGCAGGACCACCUGCUGCCGCCCCACCUGCUGUACCACCUGCUGCCAGCCCAGCUGCUGCAGGUCCAGCUGCUGUCAGCCCCGCUGCUGUGGGUCCAGCGGCUGUGGACAAAACUGCUGUGGCUCCAGCUCCUGCCAGCCCGUUUUCUGUACACCCGUGUACUGCACGAGAACCUGCUACCACCCCACCUGCUGCUGCCUGCCUGGGUGCCUAGCCCAGGGCUGUGGAAAUAACUGCUGCCAGCCCUGCUGCCGCCCAACCCACUGCCACACUACCUGCUGUAGCACCACCUGCUUCCACCCUUGCUCUGUGUCCAGCUGCUGCCAACCUUUAUGCUGUUGA